AAGAAUCAUCGACUCAGUAAUAAUUUCUGUUAAGCCAGUGAAGGAUGUUCUACCGUAACGAUGACUUAGGUUGAUGUUAAACGAAGUUGAGUAUCAUCUAACAGGGUGGGCACUCUCUCUCUCUGACGAGUCACUAGUCUAAAGCUUGCUCUAGCUACACCCUAUAACGAAAAUAAAAAAAAUUGAAAAUCUAUCAAGCAAGUGAAACAAAUUAUUUGUUUAAGGCGGAGGAUGUCGAAAACAUUUUGCAAAACAUUUAUAUUGAAAUAUUUUAGCCGCAAUAUGCUGUGUUGGAGCCAUGCGUGGAAAAAAGGGUCGAAUGAUGGGCUGAUCGUACGAAGAAACAGUGCAAAUCCUGAUCAAGUCGCAAUAUGCAAAGAAAUUGCUCUUGUCAUUUCAAAAUAGAUGAAUUUUAUUAAUUCGAACCCAAAGAAUGCUGAAGUCAUCCAUUUUAAUUUCAUACUAAUCAUUGAGUCUAAUUGAAACCACAAUUGCAGUUUUAGUACACCCAUAUCAAGCAGCGAAACUAACACCUUCUUGGUUCUUUAUUGAAAUCAUGCCGAGUUCUCAUGAGGAUAUUUUUGGGUAUACUAAAAGCAAAAUUAUUUUAAAUGCAGCUGAAGAGUUGGAACUGCUGCUGUCGGAAGGGCUAUUUCCUAGGCUGCAUCUGUUAUGGAGAAAAUUUUCCAAGAUCUAACAAAGAACUAGAGAGUGAAAAAGCUCGUGAGGAUGCUUUUACUUGGCAAGUUAAAUUAGAAAGACGUCUCCACUAUAACUUUCCCCUCAUACCAAUCUUACAAGAGGUAUUGGUAUGUCAGGCUGACCACGCAUUACCCAUAGCUACUGGCAUCGUACGUGCGUGCACAAGAUUAAACCAUUUCAAUUGCUGCAAAAGUAAACAUUUCAAAAUCGUCCAAAUGGCUUCGUCAGUGUUCCUCACUAUCAACAUUGUUAUUCUUGGAAUUCUCACUAUUUUCAGUACAGCUAACGCAAAACCGCCAUCUAGAAUUCUUCGUGGUUCCGAUGCUUUUCCGGGAGAAUUCCCCUACAUAGUUUCUUUGAGAAGAUGGAAUAUACACGUCUGUGGAGGUGCUCUUAUCAGUCGUCGACAUGUCUUGACAGCUGCUCAUUGCUUCAUUGGAAGAGUUGAUCCUCCUUAUACCGAAGAGUUAGUUAUCAUUACUGGAGCAUCGACAAACCGAGCCAUUGGUCAAGUUCAACAAGUGAAAAAAGUCACUCCUCACAAUGACUUUGAACGUGGAUCUACAAGCAGAUGGCGUCAUGAUAUCGCUAUUGUUACGUUGGAAAAUGAAAUAGUUGAAAGCAAUUUGCAAAAACCUAUAGCUCUACCAACUGAAGAUACUCCUGGAAAUGUUUCUGCUGAUUUAUGUGGAUGGGGAGUAACAUUACAGAAUGGUGAAGAAUCAGAAAGUUUGAAAAAAACAAAAGUCAAUAUUCUUACUAACAAUGAAUGUAAUGAGAGAGAUACGAGAAUUUUAGAAACCCAGAUGUGUGGUUUCAAUGGACGACAAACUGGAUUCUGCAAUGGUGAUAGCGGCAGUCCUUUAGUUUAUAAUGACCAAGUGGUAGGAAUCGUUUCAUUUUCUAUUUCAUGUGGCUUAGGAUAUCCUGACACUUACACAAGAGUUUACAAAUAUUUGGAUUUUAUUGGAAAUGCUACCAAAGAUUAACUCACUAGGAAGAAGCUUCUUUCAAAUCUAAGUCUCACAUAAACUCUAUAGAUUAUUUACAAUUUAUAAAAAUCAUAGUAAAUAAAUGUUGUAUAUUUUAUAUACUUUGAAAAUCAACUUUAU